CGUAAAUUGACCAAAUCUGCCGUCUCAGGAAUCACUCGACCUCAAUUUAAGUUAGAAGAUAAACUGAUCCUUCGUUUAAUGCAACCAUUAUGUCCCUGCAAAGGCGAUUCCCGUGCGACUGAGCUAACCGCCUGUCUUGAACUUGUCUUCCCUGGCAGCUGCGCGCACAACCGCAUAAUCGCCCAGUAUUGGCAAUCUCUUCUUCAUCCGUAUGUCUUGUCUAUGAAGAACGUCGUGCAUCCCAUUCUGCAGGUACGCCGCAGUCUAACUCGAUUCUGUUACUGGCGACAAGACGCCUCAGAAGAACCGGAAGAACCGCAUAUUUUACGCGUGUAUCGGGGGCCUAGUUCAUUGGCAUUACGGCCUUACCUCUUUUGAGCGUGUGGCAACUCCCGAUCGCUCGCAUGAGGAAUGUUCUGUCGACAGCAAAGGCAGAGUGG